AUGGAGAGGCUUCAAGGACCCAUUGAUCCCUGUUAUUUUGGUGAGCAUUUGGAUUUUCAGUGCUUAGAACAAGGAUUGAGCACCACAGAAAGCUUGAGAUUUGAGGAAGAAGAAGAAGCAGCACAUCUCUCAAUACCAAGCUUGGAAGACAAAAUGCCAUUCCUUCAGAUGUUACAAACUGUAAACUCCCCCCCACCUUACUUUCCCUUGAAAGAGCCAAGCUUUCAGGCACUCUUGAGACUACAGCACCUAAAGAAUCCAUGGGAGUUAGGCAAAGCCUACAUGCCUGAAAUGGAGACCCAACUUCAGACAGCACUAGAGAUUGAGAGCUGUGUGACCCAUGACAUGGUUGAAUUGCAUUCACCUGUUAAAUCAGAAGCCAAGGACCUUCAUAAUCACCCACAUUCAGUUUCUGCUGGUAAUCUGGAGGCUGUUAGUUCAGAGUGCAUCCAAGACCAGGAACAGCCCAACUCAGCUGAAAUUAACUGUCGUAGGAAAGGCAAUAACUCAUCAGGAUCUCCUCCACCUACCUGGGCUCAAGCACAAAAUGAACCUGAGCAGACCCAGUACCCCAAAUCCCCUCCAGUCACCAGAGAAAGAAGAAAGCGCAAGAGAACAAGGCCAACCAAGAACAAAGAAGAAGUAGAGAGCCAGCGCAUGACUCACAUUGCUGUUGAACGCAACCGCAGGCGCCAAAUGAAUGACCAUCUCAAUGUUCUCAGGUCCCUCAUGCCCACUUCCUACAUUCAAAGGGGUGACCAAGCAUCUAUUGUGGGGGGUGCAAUAGACUUUGUGAAGGAAUUGGAGCAGCUGCUUCAAUCCCUUGAAGCCCAAAAGAGAAUGAGAAGAGCUGAUCAAGGGAGCAAUGGUGACAACUCUUUUAGCUCAUCAUCAUCAUCCUCCUCUACCAGUAUGGCAAUGCCAUCCAAUGGAAUGUUCAUGUCUCUGUCCCAAUGCAGAAUUGGGUCUCAUGAGGAAGGCACCACCACCACCCCCCUUGAGGAUGAAGUAACAGCACAGAACAAGUCUGAGGCUGCAGAUAUAGAUGUCACAGUGAUCCAAACCCAUGUGAACUUAAAAAUCCAGUGCCAAAGAAGAGCUGGGCAGUUGAUGAAAGCCAUUCUUGCAUUGGAAGAUCUUAGGCUCGCAGUUUUGCACCUCAACAUUACUUCUUCACAAGAUACUGUUCUUUACUCUUUCAAUCUCAAGAUAGAGGAAGGAUGCAAGUUAGGAUCAGCAGAUGAGAUUGCUAGAGCUGUACAUCAAAUAUUCAGCUUCAUCAACGGCUGCAGCUGA